UUAUUAACUUCAAAAACGUUCUUGAAUGACACCGGCUUGAGACGGGAUCCUUUGCUCCUUCCCCAAGAGCCAAGAAGUCAUCCCCAUACAGUGAAGAUUUCCGGAGAAGAUGGGGAGAAAAAAGAUCCAGAUCCAGCGGAUCACGGACGAGCGGAAUCGACAGGUGACUUUCACCAAGCGGAAGUUCGGUUUGAUGAAGAAGGCCUACGAGCUGAGCGUCUUGUGCGACUGCGAGAUUGCCCUCAUCAUCUUCAACCACUCCAACAAGCUGUUCCAGUAUGCCAGCACCGACAUGGACAAGGUGCUGCUCAAGUACACCGAAUACAAUGAACCCCACGAGAGCCGGACCAACGCCGAUAUCAUCGAGACGUUAAGAAAGAAAGGUUUUAACGGUUGUGACAGCCCGGAGCCUGACGGAGAAGACUCCAUCGACCAGAGCCCCCUGAUGGAGGACAAAUACCGCAAAGCCAGCGAGGACCUGGACAUCCUAUUCAAGCGCUACGGUUCCACAGUGCCAGCGCCGAACUUCGCCAUGCCCGUGACGGUUCCUGUGACCAAUCAGAACACGCUACAGUUCAGCAACCCUGGGAGCUCCUUAGUGACCCAGUCCCUCGUGACUUCCUCGCUGACGGACCCGCGGCUCCUCUCACCUCAGCAGCCCACUUUGCAGAGGAACACUGUGUCCCCAGGCUUGCCACAGAGGCCAGCCAGUGCCGGGGCGAUGCUUGGGGGAGACUUGAACAAUACAAAUGGAGCCUGCCCCAGUCCCGUGGGGAACGGGUACGUCAGUGCCAGAGCCUCUCCCGGCCUGCUCCCGGUCUCCAACGGUAAUAGCUUGGGCAAGAUCAUCCCACCCAAAUCCCCGCCACCACCUUCCCACGCCACCCAGCUCGCCGCCAACAGCCGCAAGCCAGAUCUCCGUGUCAUCACCUCGCAGAGCGGCAAGGGGCUCAUGCAUCAUUUGACGGAGGACCACUUGGCUCUGCAGAACACGCAGCGGUUAGGGGUCUCACAAGCGACUCAUUCUUUAACCACACCAGUCGUCUCAGUGGCCACCCCGAGUUUGCUGACACAGGGCCUGCCUUUCUCUGCCAUGCCCACGGCAUACAACACAGAUUAUCAGCUGACCAGUGCUGAGUUGUCGUCACUGCCGGCGUUCAGCUCUCCGGGUGGAUUAUCGCUGGGCAAUAUCUCUGCCUGGCAGCAACAGCAGCAGCAACAGCCACAGCAGCAGCAGCAGCCACAGCAGCAACAGCCCCAACAGCAGCAGCAGCCACAGCCCCAACAGCAACAGCCGCCCCAGCAGCAGCAACAGCCGCAGCAGCAACACUUGGUUCCUGUAUCGCUAAGUAACUUAAUACAAGCAAGCCACUUAUCUCACGCCACCACGUUGACUGUCAACACCAACCCCAACAUCAGCAUCAAGUCGGAGCCCGUCUCGCCCAACCGGGAGCGCAACACGGCCACGCCGCUGACCUCCUUCCCACACCAGAACCGCCACGAGCCCACGGGCCGCUCGCCCGUCGACAGCCUCAGCAGCAACGCCAGCUCCUACGAAGGCAAUGAGCGGGAAGACCCCGCCCGGGCUGACUUCAGCUCAUCCCUCGGUCUCCUGAGACCCACGACAGAGGCCGAGGGGGAGAGCCCGUCUGUAAAGCGCAUGCGGCUGGACACCUGGGUAACAUAACCAGCUCCCCGCUCUCUUCAAAGCUACUUUGUGCUCGCA